AUGUCGUCCGAACAAGAGACGAAGAGCACUGAAGAAACCCAACUCGGCGGAAACCUCGACGCUGCUGGUUCUGCUUCCGGUGCUGCAAACAUCGGAGCCAACGCCUCUUCGAAGAAGUCCGAAGAGCAGCGACGAAAGCCCAAGAAGCUCGGCCAGAAAGGUCAGGCCAACGGCGAAGCCGACGCGGACGGCAACGCGGACGAACCUCCAGCAACACCAGAACAACCCAAGAUGGAUUCACAGGCAUCAGCAUCAGCCCGUUCCGGCUCUCGACGGGGCAGUCGAGGUCGCGGGCGAGACUCGAGUGAGCCCCCCAGUGACGCCGACAGCGCAUAUCGAAGCGAUGUCUCCCAGAAAGGCGGACGACGGAACAGAAACCGGAACAGAGGCAAGGCCCAGGCCCAGACACAGGCCCAGACGCAACAGCAAGGAAAGGGCGGUGGCCUCCUCGGUGGUGGUGGCGGCGGCGGCGGACCCCUCGAUGCCGUUGACGAGGUCGGCGACACGGUGAACGGCGUCGUCGACGGCGCCGGCAACCUCGUCAACGACACGGUCGGCAAGACCCUGAGCAAGCCCCAUGAAGCCCUCGGGGGCCUCCUCCAUAGCAAGGGGGGCAAGGAAGGCGGAGAGGAAGAGAAAGACGAGGGAGAGAACGAGCAGCUAAGAUUACGACUCGACCUGAACCUAGACAUCGAAGUCCAACUCAAGGCCAAGAUCCACGGCGACCUAACUCUAGGCUUAUUGAACUAG